UUACCAAGCCUUCCCAAGUGGAAAAAACUAUUGAAUUUCGGACCCCGGGCCGGCAGGUGGCAGUAAAGUUCCGGCUUGGCGUUUAUAAGCAAUAAAAUAAACGUGAAGGAAGAUCGCUGCUGCCUUACCACUGAUUACUGUCGCGCCUAAUAUUGUGACUCAUGUCACAAUCAGCGCAGCCAGGCGCAAUGCCUUCCGCACCGGACUCUCCAUCUCUCAGCGUGACCGUCAGCGGCAAUGUGCAGAAAUAUAACAUCAAGAAGAAAAAGGUUUUAAAUGCGGAGGAGACUGAACUGUUUGAGCUCACGCAGGCUGCUGGGAUAGUCAUGGAUCAAGAGGUUUUCAAGAUCAUAGUGGACUUGUUAAAGAUGAACGUUGCUCCUCUGGCAGUAUUUCAGACUCUGAAGGCCAUGUGUGCAGGACAGAAGGUCUCUGAAACAUCUGCUGGUGACACAUCAACAGCAUCUCACACAACCACUGCACCUUCAGAGUCUAGAGAAGAGGAGUGUGUGGUCUCUGGAAAGAGUGCCAAAACUACAGCCCCUCCCUCUGCUUCUGCAUCCCGCCCACCAAGGGGAGGGGCUAAGAUAGUCGUCUACAGUGCGGGUGACACAAGUGCUCCUCAAGUACGUGGUAAAACAGGGCAAGGGGAGAAAACCACAAGAGAUGGGUCUAGUCAGCGGGUGCCACGCCAAGUCAGCGCCACCAGGGGCCAGAAGAGCGCCAAGAGCUCUGGCAGUAGCAGCUCUUCUUCUCAGCUCACCUCCAACUAAAAUGCUACAUAAAUUAACACGUACUUAACAAGAGUUAAGUUACAUUCCUCUGUUGUGUUGAAAAACUUUUCUACUGUAAAUAAAAAUAGUUGUUUUUAAAAAAUUUAUUUAACGUUCUCCUUUGGGAUGCCUUCAUUCUUGCUUGAAAAACCUCUUUUGGAUUAAAUUUGCAUUUGUUCCAGAGAGACUGUAGCUGAAGCUAAUUUAUUAAAUUUGGUAUGCCGUAUUUUAAGUGGUGUUGUUGCUAGUGGGACCAUGAAAUCAUAACACCUUUCACAUUGGUUAGGAAUUAAACAAUUCUUUUAGUGCAACUUUCCAUUUUUGAAAUCCAGUGGCACAGAAGUUUAUAAACCUGAUUUCUUUGUUUUAAACGUGUAAUAUAUUUCAUGCAGUUGUGUACUUACAUUAUCCCAAAAGUUCCCAAGGAUUUGUAAAUCCAGAGAAAUUCCUAUUUUAAAUAAUGGGUUAUCUCUUGUCAUUGUCACCCAUCAAUGAAGUAAUAUCCGCGCAAUCCUCGGUUUCCGCUUGUAGAAAUCAUAGCAUUACGUUUGGACAAAUGUGGAGGUGGAGGUUACAGCAUCCAGCUCACAGCUGCUAUGUCUUGCAGCUAAUACAUUAUGAAGGCAUAUUAUAAUAUAAUUAAAUGUACAGGUAAUAAAAAAUUUAUUCAUAACCUCAUCCAUAAACAUGAUUAGCAAAUUCCAUACGUCUCUGGGUGGUGAAAACAUAACAUCAUUAAGCUUCGCCUUUGUUUUGAAACUGCUAGUGUUAAAAUCCUACAUAUUGUGCAUUUAAAGCGCAAAACUUAGCGUUGUGUGCUACAACUGAAUUUAUGUCAGUUUCAAAAUAAACACUUUUUAUAUGAACAUU